AAUUAAAUUUUUAAUCUAUGCGUGUUCGGAUGUAAAGAAUACACUAAAUUUAUUAAAGAUGAAACACUCUUUUCCUCAUUUGUGAAUAGUUCUUCAUUAAUUUACCGUAGUCUGAUAAAGCAAUUCUCUAUAAAAUAAUUUCUUUUUAUUUCACGCGAAUCUAUCAUACGCGUGUUAGUACAAUAGUACAAUGAAGCAAAUCAAUUCUUUAACACCAAUUUGAUUUAUAUUAAUUUACAUUAGCAUUUAUCGCAAUUACAUUAAAUUGUUUCAAAUAUAUUUCGAAAACAUCUCCAAAUAAACGAUUGACUUUAUACAAUCACUAAAUCGUGAAGAUAACUCUGAGAAAUCUAAUUUACCAACGACUCUAACACAUAUCCAACAACUGUUGAAGCAAUCAUUAAAACCCAUGUUUAUCUGUCAAUUAGUUUCAUUUCAGUGUGGUACGUGAGACCACUUCCUUCGUAAAAUAUUUUAUUAUACGUGCGUAAUUUUAACGUAUUGUGAAUAAUACUUUUGGAAACUCAUUUAGCGAUAAUGUGGUACAACGCGGGGAGCGUUAUCUUCAUGUGUCUGCUAUGCUUCCAGUCAACGAUAAUGGCACAGUAUGUCGACGAUUCUUGUAAUCUGCCGAAGAGCUUAAUUGACGAGAUAGACUCUUACGCUGUAGUGGUGCAGCGAAUUAUCAACGAAUGUAUGCAAGGUUCUUUCAAAGGUGUUACAUGGCAAGAUUUGGCGACAUUUGUAGACAAGUUUGGUCCGAGGUUUACCGGUACUCAAACUCUUGAAGAUUCUAUUGAUUAUGUAUUGAACAAAUCGAUCAGCUUGGGUCUAGAUAAUGUCCAUGGUGAAGCGGCCACUGUACCACAUUGGGUCAGAGGCUCGGAAUCUGCAACUCUUUUGCAACCACGGCAGAAAAAUCUGGCGAUGUUGGGAUUGGGUUACAGCAUUGGCACUCCGCCAGAAGGUAUAACUGCUAAUGCUGUCGUAGUGAAUAGCUUCGAAGAACUUAAAAAAAGGGCAGACGAGAUUCCCGGAAAAAUCGUUGUAUACAAUCAAAAGUUUGUUUCGUACGGAGAAACCGUGGAAUAUAGAAGCUCGGGGGCCGUAAGAGCGGCGGAACUGGGAGCCGUAGCUGCCUUGAUCAGAUCGGUAACGCCAUUUUCAUUGUACACCCCUCACACGGGUAUGAUGAGUUACGCAGAGAACGUUACUAAAAUCCCAGCUGCUUGUAUAACUGUUGAAGACGCGGCUCUUCUAGGAAGAAUGGCAGAUCGAGGUGAAACAAUAGUGAUAAACUUGAAAAUGGAAGCAAAAAGAUAUCCAGAUACUCAGUCGCGAAACGUUAUAGCGGAUAUUACCGGCAGUAGCGAGCCUGAAAAGGCAGUCGUCGUUUCUGGACACAUAGACAGUUGGGAUGUUGGAGAAGGCGCAAUGGAUGACGGAGGCGGCAUUUUCAUAUCCUGGACCGCAUUAAAGUUACUGAAACAUCUCGGCCUUCGGCCGCGAAGAACGAUAAGAAUGAUAAUGUGGACCUCCGAGGAACUUGGCCUUGUCGGAGCGGAACAGUACAUACGAAAUCAUGCUGCGGAGAACGGAAAUAUGCAAUUCGUGAUGGAAUCUGAUUUUGGCACUUUUGCACCUAUGGGCCUCGAAGUCUCGGGAAACGAAAUGGUCCAAGGUGUACUUCAAAGAAUAAUUUCUCGAUUGUUAUCUCCGUUGGGUGAUCUGAAACUGAAAAGCCCAUGCACAGCGCCCGAUAUAUCUUUCUGGAUUAAAGCUGGUGUACCAGGUGCUGCUCUUUUGAAUCAAAACGAAAAAUAUUUCUAUUAUCACCAUACGAACGCGGAUACCAUGGUGGUGGAAAAUCCGAAAUCUUUGGAUAUGAACACAGCUCUAUUUGCAGCGGUCGCAUACGUUCUAGCAGAUAUCAGCGUCGAUCUGCCUCGACACAAUUGCACUAACGAUGUUUUUCAAAAUUAGUUUGAUGCAUUAUAUGAUGGAUAUGUAAAUCACUAAAAUUGUGUAUUCGUAGAGUA